AUGGUGGUCCCAACAACUCAAGAUCGUGUCCAAGUCCACGUUCCUUCAGCAAGAAAAACAUUGGUUCAAACUGGUCCAAAAUCUCAAGGACUUGACUAUACUCCAGCUCGUGGUCUACGAGUACAGCCCAAGAAAUAUUCUGGCUCUUUGGAUCAGUUUGAGAGCUUCAAACCUACACCCAAUAUUGGACUUGAAUUCAAGGACUUGCAACUUGCUAACUUGAGUGACCGUCAGAUCGAGGACUUGAGCAUCUUGGUCUCUCAAUAUGGAGUCGUAUUCUUACGUGCUCAAAGCAUUACUGCUGAGCAGCAAUUGGAAUUUGGUCGCAAAAUUGCAACUCCCAAGGGAACGCUUCACGUUCACCCCUUGACUUUCAAGACUACUGGUUCCGCUCUUGAUGAAAUCAGUGUGAUUUCGAACGAGUUGCCUUCAAAGGAAUACUCUGAUGACGGGCCUGCAUCAGACGGAUGGCAUGCCGACAUCACUUUCGAAAAGACACCUUCCAACUAUGCAGCCCUGCAAAUUAAUGACGGUCCUGAAACUGGUGGUGAUACUCUGUUCAGUUCUGGCUAUGCUGCCUAUGACCGACUUUCAGCUCCAUUGAAGAAAUUCUUGGAAGGCUUGACUGCCAUUCAUAACGCCGACUUUUUCAAGAAUGUGGCUAGUGAACGUGGUUCUGAGAUUCGUACUGAUCGUGGCGCUGACAAUACUGGGUUUGACUUGACUGCUGUACAUCCCGUUGUUCGAACCAAUCCUGUGACUGGAUGGAAGUCACUCUUUGUCAACAAGGGCUUCACCAAGAAGAUUGUCGAGCUACGAAAGGAUGAAUCUGACGCCGUCUUGGCUUACUUGUUUAACCACAUUGCCGGUGGUCAUGACUUUAACGUUCGAUUCAAGUGGGGAACAGGUGAUAUCGCCAUCUGGGACAACCGAAGUGUCUUCCAUACUGCUACCAAGGACUUUGACCCAAGCAUUCUUCGUCGUGGUAACCGUGUGGUUCCUUUAGGAGAGAAGCCAUACUUUGACCCAUCGUCUUCAUCGAGGUCUGAAUCUAUCAGAGUCUCCAAGCUGUGA